CUCAAAAAAGAGUAUAGAUUUUUUUUCUUUCUGUGAUUUUUUCAGAGAGAGAGAGAGAGUAGUGACAACAACAGCAAGGGGCUGAGCAGUCACACUCUCAUCUUCUCGUCUUAUUCAUCAUCUUCUUCAUCCUUGUUCAUCAUCACACUCAGACGCAAGGGACUGAUUUCGCCGCCGUCUCGCCACCGCAGCUGGUCCAGUUCUCAGUCGUGGUGUCGCCAUUUCCUUCAAGAGUGAUGACAACUACAGAAGAAACCACACGCUAUCGCGUUGGCUACGCAUUCGAGCCCAAGAAAGUGACGACCUUUAUCGUAACAUCCUUCGUCGACCUCGCCAACCAGAACGGAAUCGACCUCGUACCCAUCGAACCCACCAAACCACUCAUCGAACAAGGCCCAUUUCACUGCGUAAUCCACAAACUCUACGGUCAACAAUGGAAGCAACAGCUGAUCGAGUUCACAUCCAAAUACCCCAACGCAGUCAUCAUCGACCCACCUGAGAAAAUCGAGCCACUCCACAACCGGCUGACGAUGCUGGACUCGGUGACCCGGAUCAACAUAUCUCAACCGAAAACCAGCGUUGGGAUCCCAAAACAGAAGGUGGUCGAAGACGGCGAGACUAUAGAGGAGUUGGGGCUGAAGUAUCCGGUGAUAGCGAAGCCGUUGUUGGCCAACGGCGGAACGACGUCGCACGAGAUGUGGGUGGUUCUGAACAGCAAAGGGUUCGAGAGUGUGAAGGAUCAGACUCCGUUGCUGGUUCAGGAGUACGUCAACCACGGCGAGGUGGUGUUCAAGGUCUACGUCGUCGGCGACCACGUGGAGUGCGUGAAGCGGCGGUCGUUGGCUGAUAUUCACAUCACGGAGGAGGAGGACGGAGAGUGGUCCGGGGUUUCGAUACUGCCGUUUUCUCAGAUAUCGAACGCUGCUACGGUGGAGCACGAGAGUGCGAAGGUGGACGACGCCGAAAUGCCGCCGCCGAAGCUGGUGGCGGAGCUGGGGAGAGAGCUGAGGAAGGCGUUGGGGCUUCGUUUGUUCAACUUUGAUGUGAUCAGAGAAAGUGAGGGAAAGUAUGCUGUGAUUGAUAUCAACUAUUUUCCUGGGUUUGCAAAAUUACCACAUUUUGAGCAAAUCUUUACAGAUUUCCUACUCGAUCAAUGCAAGAGCAAAUGCAAUUAAUAUAUAUAUAUAUAUAUAUAUAAGUAUCUCAUUCUUGUCUUUGCUAUGAAUCGAGUUUUAGUUUCUUGCUAUAUGAAUAAUAUAUAAUAAUAAUAAUAUAAAUAUCGAAUUAUUAUUCGAAUUACCUUUUUCAUUUUUUACCACUUUUUGUUGGUUUAAUUUGUAUUUUGGAUAUUUUUACUAAUGAUGCAUUUGUAACUUUGCAUUUUCUACUA